AAAAAAACUUGUGAGUUGCUUUGUACUGGAGCAAAGACGUAUGUUAUUGAUAUUUCCUAAAUAGCAUUAAAAUUAUUUCAUUAAAAUAAACAUACUAUUUAGUAUCCCGAUUUACCAUGGACCAGGGAUUCCCAUUCCUCUAUCAUUUCUUUAUACCAACCAACAGCAAUCAUCAGACGAAAGUACAAACGAAAAAACCGAUGAAGACUGAAUUCAAUCCUGAUAUAGGCUCAACUGAACUUAAUUACUUAGGAGAGGCUUGGAUCUAUCAAAGGAUGCUUCACAAAUCUUAGGAUCACGAUUGCAAGACAAAUAUCUGUAGGAUCCAGAGACGACAUAUUCGUGGCAUCGUGAAAAAGGUUUCGCGGAAUAUUUCUUUCAAGAGGGUUCACUGGUGUAAUUAUAUUCCUGAAGUAAUCAUGAAACUGGAGCUGACAAUUACGAAUUCACAUCAUGGAGUAUCACAAUGGCAAUACUUAUGCCUCAGUGGCUGUUGCCUGUGGUCCGUGCAUCUAAAAAAAAACGUGUGAGAAUCUUGAGCAGUUGUUUGAGCUAAAUAAAGGAUAGCGAUUAUUGUUGGCAACUCUGUGAAGACUUAAAACACAAAAAUUAAUGAUUUAGAAAACCCGUGUACCUAGUUAAAUAAUAAAAUAUGCAAGUUCGCUUCCAUCGCCUUGCUCAAUCAGCAGUCGCUUCUAGUUCUGAAGUGAGAAGUCUAAGCAUUAAUUUCAUUUAAACGAAGGUGUCGCGGUGUGCGCACGCAAGCAUCACAAAUUCUUUAGCAGUCGGCUAGUGUUAAUAUACUUAUGAAUUAUGAUACUUGGUCGAGGUCUGUGAGUGGCGUGAUACGAAUAAUAAAAAGUGUUAGCAAACAAACGAUUUUGAACUACAAUACUACCAAGUAUGGGUAGAACGAGUUUAGUGAUUGAAAAGUGCUCAGCUAUUUUGCCAAGUAUACAAUAAAUUAUUUUUACGAUACCUAUUCCCUAAAAAAUAAAUAAAAAAUGCCAGGACACGCCAACAGCCCAUACUGGACCGCAGUCGAUUUUGACAGCGAAGAAGACGAUCGGUCUCCACAGUCCACUAAUAGAAUGUAUCUGGAUCCAUGGGACAGUGAUGCUAUAGCGAGGAUUCCCGGAAACUCUCCAGAUUCCGGUCAAGAGCAGUUCAACUCCUUCGCUGGUGAACCCGUCAGUGCAAGCUUUUACUAUGUCCCAACAAAAAAUUAUGACUCUUCGGAGGAGAAACCACAAAAACGCCCCCUUAACCCAGAGGAAAUUUAUGGCCGAAGAAGAUCGAGAUGUGUACUGCCAGAUGCUCACGAUGUGCCGGUGUACACCCCAAGACCCGUGGAAAGAAGACGGUCCAUGUACGUAGAAGAACCUCAAUUCAUACCUCAUCCUUUGGUGUAUGAAAGCAUGUAUGGUCCUCUCCCGGUGCCACCGCCUGGUUACGUAGCUCUGCGACCUCGAGUGUCCUUAUCACUUCACCCUGAAUAUAUACCAGCAAGUGGUCACAGGAGUAGAAGACAGUCAAGGAUGGCAGAUGCGUACGAGAGUUUACCCCAGAACUAUGAGGAUUGGGCUCACCCGAUGCCUCACGCGGCUCCUAACAAUUUCCACCUUUCGAGGUACGGACAUUUACAGAUCGAUUACUCCUGCAGCUGGAACACUUUGGACAGGCUUAUUCGCAAUCAUUAAAACCAUAAUUCAUUGUAUAUACUGUAGUCGUAGUUAGUGCUUAGAUGCACAAAUAUUCGUGUAACAAAAUAUAUAUUAUUAUAAGUAUUAUCAAUAUUCCUUAGUUUAGAAUAAAUAUACCAAAGAAAGUUUAA